AUGUGGAUCUUGGGGUUUGUCCCAAUCCUCCUCUCCUCCGUCCUCGCAGCUCCCACCCCUGUGAGACACGACAACGUCAAUGGCAGGGCAUUGGCGGCUCGAUCUCUCGACACCGGCACCCAUAACAAGGAUUACAAUCCUGGGCUUGAGGAGGCUACGAUGUUAGCUGCAAAAACCCCCGGUUUGGCGGCUCCGGUUCAAGUGCGUACUAGGCAGGCGGGCGCCCCGGAGGCAGCUACGCAGGACCAAGACGCCUGCAUCAGUCCUAGAGAAUAG